CAAAUCCGCUCCAAGCCCAUAUCCGAUUCGGCCCACCCGCAAUUCCAUAUGGGUCCUCUUCUUCUCGUCGUUGUAGCAUUCGCUCCACUUCCGAUUUCAUUCGCUCUGUCACUAAACCGGGCGAAGCUUAUGAAGAGCUGAAAACAAGGGGAAGGGGAAGCUCUGUAGCAAUCCAACAUUGGGGCUCCUUAACGCCUUAGUCGCUAGCUCGCUAUUCUUGUUUCUGAAUCUGUUGGAUGUUUGAAGAAUCGAGUGAAUCACAAAAUGCUGCAAUCCCAAAUUGUUCAAUCCCCCGCUAGGCUAGGCCUAACAAACCCCACAUCGCCCUCUCUUCAGAACCCUACGCCUCCAAAAGUCCCUUCACAGCAGCAACCCAAUCUCUCCCCAACCCUUAUCUCUCUCCUUCCACCGCUCCCUAGGGCUCAAUCCAUUCUUGUCCAAAUGGCCUCCCUUGCCUCCAAACUCUUUGAAGUCUCUCCCAAUCGGUCACUUUGGCUCAAUGCAUUUCGGGGGACCUUCCCGACUUUUCUUUCUUCCCAAACUCAGUCACUUCCCUCAACUGCACUUGAAUCUUCUCCUUCCUCCACCAAAGAGAUCCUCUCCCAGUUCACUGCCCUUCAAACCCAACUCUUUGAGGCUGUUGCUGAACUCCAAGAAAUUCUUGAUCUUCAGGACGCCAAGCUGAAAAUUGCACGUGAAGUGAAGGCCAAGGAUGCUGCGCUUCUUUCCUUUUCCAAGAAACUCAGGGAUGUUGAGCAGGUUCUUGAUAAUCUUGUUGAUGAUUACUCUGAUUUUACACGCCCCAAACGGACAAAACAGGAGGACGGUGCAGAUGAUGAUUCUUCAUGCACCACCACUACGGUUUCAUCUCAGUUGAAUUUGUCAGAUAUACUGUCGUAUGCCCACCGGAUAAGCUACACAACCUUUGCACCACCAGAAUUUGGGGCGGGACAAGCUCCUCUUCGUGGGGCACUCCCACCUGCUCCACAGGACGAGCAAAUGCGUGCUUCUCAGCUGUAUGCUUUUGCAAACCUUGAUGUGGGCCUACCUAAAACAGUCGAGGGGAAGGAGGAAACGAUGCAGGCAAUAUUGGAGCCCCCGCCUUCUGAACAAACAGAAUCUAAUCAACUUCCCAACCUGGGUGCACUACAAGGUUUGCUUCCUCCCAACAUCACAGUCCCGUCGGGUUGGAAACCAGGGAUGCCUGUGGAAUUGCCAACCGAAUUUCCUGUGCCCCCACCUGGAUGGAAGCCAGGGGACCCAGUGCCUCUUCCCCCAUUUGAAUCUCUUCCAGUUCCAAGGGCCGAGGAGCAACAAAUACGACCUAAUGCUCAUCCAGGAGUACAUAAACCACCAGCGACAAUACAGGUGCAGCAUGUUGAGCUGGAUAUUCUGGAUCCAGACGAUGAUAGCGAUUAUAGUACUGAAGAUGGAAGCUCAGACGAUGAUGAGUGACAGCGGGCUACUACUGCGACCCUAGAGUUUUACGUGAAUCCUUUUCUGUCUUGUUGAAUUUGCAUUUACACCGCCCCCCAUUUCGCGAGUCAGGAAGUUGUGAACUUUGUUUGGAUUAAUUUUCAACAAGUUGAUUUGUAACC